AUGGAGAUACUGGUUCAGGAAAUCCGAGUGGAACCUGAGAUUCUGGAUCCCUCACAAGCUCCGGGUGAUGCAGAUGCUGCUGGUCUGCAGGCCAGUUGUUUUUCCAUCAUCUUCUUCAACAAAAUCAUUGGUGGUGGUGUUCUGGUCCUUAUCUAUAGAAUGGUCAUUUUCAACUUGGGCAGUUUUGGUCCCAGGAGAAUUUGUCAGUGUCUGGAGACAUUUUUGAUCUCCAUAACUCAGGGAGUACUACUGGCAUCAUGUGGACAGGGACCACAGAUGCUGCUACAACAUACAUACAAUCCUGUGCAACAAAGAAACAAUAAUGUUAAAAUUGAAGAUUAUGAAUUAGAGCAUAGAACGAAUUUGAGUUUGGAUUUAGGGUUUAUAAUGAUUAUUCUAGGCUUCUGCGUAUCAUUCAACGUUGAUGUGAAAAAUUCAAUGACUUUCAGUGGCCCCAUGGAGGACAUGUUUGGAUAUACUGUUCAACAAUAUGAAAAUGAAGAAGGAAAAUGGGUGCUUAUUGGUUCUCCUCUAGUUGGUCAACCCAAGAACAGAACUGGAGAUGUCUAUAAGUGUCCAGUUGGGAGAGGCAAACCAUUACCUUGCAUAAAGUUGGAUCUACCAGUUAAUACAUCAAUUCCCAAUGUCACAGAAGUAAAGGAGAACAUGACUUUUGGAUCAACUUUAGUCACCAACCCAAACGGAGGGUUUCUGGCAUGUGGCCCCUUAUAUGCCUAUAGAUGUGGACAUUUGCAUUACACAACUGGAAUCUGUUCUGAUGUCAGCCCCACAUUUCAAGUCGUGAACUCCAUUGCUCCUGUACGAGAGUGCAGCACCCAACUGGACAUAGUCAUAGUGCUGGAUGGCUCCAAUAGUAUUUACCCCUGGGAGAGUGUUACAGCUUUUUUAAAUGACCUUCUUGAAAGAAUGGAUAUUGGUCCUAAACAGACGCAGGUUGGAAUUGUACAGUAUGGAGAAAAUGUAACCCAUGAGUUCAACCUCAAUAAGUAUUCAUCAACAGAAGAGGUACUUGUUGCAGCAAAUAAAAUAAUCCAGAGAGGUGGCCGCCAGACUAUGACAGCCCUUGGAAUAGACACAGCCAGGAAGGAGGCUUUCACUGAAGCCCGGGGUGCCCGAAGGGGAGUUAAAAAAGUCAUGGUAAUUGUGACUGAUGGGGAAUCCCAUGACAACCAUCGACUGAAUAAGGUCAUCCAAGACUGUGAGGAUGAAAACAUUCAGCGGUUUUCCAUAGCUAUUCUUGGGAGCUAUAACAGAGGAAAUUUAAGCACUGAAAAAUUUGUGGAAGAAAUAAAAUCAAUUGCAAGUGAACCCACUGAAAAGCAUUUCUUCAACGUCUCUGAUGAAUUGGCUCUAGUCACUAUUGUUGAAGCUCUGGGAGAAAGAAUAUUUGCCUUGGAAGCUACAGCUGACCAGUCAGCAGCUUCAUUUGAAAUGGAAAUGUCUCAGACUGGCUUCAGUGCUCAUUAUUCACAGGACUGGGUCAUGCUUGGAGCAGUAGGAGCCUAUGAUUGGAAUGGAACAGUCAUCAUGCAGAAGGCUAAUCAAAUCAUAAUCCCCCAAAACACGACCUUUAACGUUGAGUCUACCAAAAAGAAUGAACCUCUUGCUUCUUACUUAGGUUACACAGUGAAUUCCGCCACUGUUUCUGGAGAUGUGCUGUACAUUGCUGGACAGCCCCGGUACAAUCAUACGGGCCAAGUUGUCAUCUACAGGAUGGAAGAUGGAGACAUCAAGAUUCUCCAGACACUCAGUGGAGAACAGAUUGGUUCCUACUUUGGCAGUGUUUUAACAACAAUUGACAUUGAUAAAGAUUCUAAUACCGACAUUCUUCUGGUUGGGGCUCCCAUGUACAUGGGAAAAGAGAAAGAGGAACAAGGGAAAGUAUAUGUGUAUGCUCUGAAUCAGACAAGGUUUGAAUAUCAAAUGAGCCUGGAGCCCAUUAAGCAGACUUGCUGCUCAUCUCUGAAGCACAAUUCAUGCACAAAAGAAAACAAAAAUGAGCCAUGCGGGGCUCGUUUUGGAACAGCUAUCGCUGCUGUGAGAGACCUCAAUCUUGAUGGAUUUGAUGACAUUGUGAUAGGAGCUCCCCUGGAAGAUGAUCAUGGGGGAGCCGUGUAUAUUUAUCAUGGGAGUGGCAAGACUAUAAGGAAAGAGUACGCACAACAUAUUCCAUCAGGUGGAGAUGGCAAGACACUAAAAUUUUUUGGCCAGUCUAUCCAUGGAGAAAUGGAUUUAAAUGGUGACGGUCUGACUGAUGUGACUAUUGGGGGCCUUGGUGGUGCUGCCCUCUUCUGGUCCCGAGAUGUGGCUGUUGUUAAAGUGACCAUGAAUUUUGAACCCAAUAAAGUGAAUAUCCAAAAGAAAAACUGCCAUGUGGAAGGAAAGGAAACGGUAUGCAUAAAUGCCACAGUGUGUUUUGAUGUGAAAUUAAAGUCCAAAGAAGAGACAAUUUUUGUAGCUGAUAUGCAGUACCGUCUCACACUAGAUUCACUAAGACAGAUAUCACGAAGUUUUUUCUCUGGAACUCAAGAAAGAAGGAUUCAAAGAAACAUCACAGUUGAAGAAUCAGAAUGCACUAAGCUUUCCUUCUACAUGUUGGACAAGCAUGACUUUCGGGACUCUGUAAGGAUAACUUUGGAUUUUAAUCUUACCGAUCCAGAAAAUGGGCCUGUUCUUGAUGAUUCCCUACCAAAUUCAGUACAUGAAUAUAUUCCCUUUGCCAAAGAUUGUGGAAACAAGGAAAAAUGUAUCUCGGACCUCGCCCUGAAAGUAUCCACCACAGAAAAGGGCCUGCUUAUUGUCAGGUCCCACAACGAUAAGUUCAAUGUUAGUCUCACAGUCAAAAAUAAGAAGGACAGUGCCUAUAACACCAGAACCAUAGUGCACUAUUCUCCAAAUCUAAUUUUUUCAGGAAUUGAGGCUAUACAAAAAGACAGUUGUGAAUCCAAUCAUAAUCUCACAUGUAAAGUUGGAUAUCCUUUCCUGAGAAGAGGAGAAGAGGUUACUUUCAAAAUAUUAUUUCAGUUUAACACAUCUUAUCUCAUGGAAAAUGUGAUCAUUCAUUUAAGUGCAACAAGUGACAGUGAAGAACCUCCUGAAGCCCUUUCUGAUAAUGAAGUAAACAUUUCUAUCCCAGUAAAAUAUGAAGUUGGACUUCAGUUUUACAGCUCUGCAAGCGAAUACCAUAUUUCAGUUGCAGCCAAUGAGACUGUCCCUGAAGUUAUUAAUUCUACUGAGGACAUUGGAGAUGAAAUUAAUAUCUUCUAUUUGAUUAGAAAGAGUGGACAUUUUCCAAUGCCAGAACUUAAACUGUCAAUUUCGUUUCCCAACUUGACAUCAGAUGGUUAUCCUGUGCUAUACCCAAGUGGGUGGUCGUCUUCUAAUAAUGCAAACUGCAGACCCAGUAGCCUUCAGGACCCUCUUGGUGUCAACUCUGGGAAGAAAACGAUUAUAUCCAAACCUGAAGAUCUCAAACGAGGCACAAUUCCGGACUGCAGUACGUGUAAAUUUGCUACCAUUACGUGUACCUUGAUUCCUUCUGACAUAAGCCAAGUGAAUGUUUCACUUAUCUUAUGGAAACCAACUUUUAUAAAAGCACGUUUUUCCAGCUUAAAUCUUACUAUAAGGGCAGACCUUCAGAGUGAAAAUACAUCACUGAUUUUAAGUACUGGCAAUCAAAAAAGAGAGUUUGCUAUUCAAAUAUCCAAAGAUGGACUGCCAGGCAGAGUGCCAUUAUGGGUCAUCCUAUUGAGUGCUUUUGCUGGAUUAUUGCUAUUAAUGCUGCUCAUAUUAGCACUGUGGAAGAUUGGAUUCUUCAAAAGACCACUAAAGAAGAAAAUGGAGAAAUGACGUAUUUUACAGGAGGAAGGAAAAAAAUAACAAUUAUUCGAUGAUCUAUCCUCAGGUUUGCUUCAAAUAUGUGACAAGAAAUU